AUGGAGAGAACUAAACCUAAAGAUCUUGUGUUCGUCAUGAGUAGAAACCCGAAGAAGGGGAAAACUGUACAGAGUUCCAGUUUAGAAGGUAAUAUUAAGUCAUCUAAAGCUAGCCUCUCAUCACCAAUGGGAAUAAGAAAGUACACGCUCCGGUCUGAUCAAUGCGUUCCAGAGAAUCUAUGCGAGGAAGACAACGGCCAGCCCUCUGUGACUUCCGAGCAUACUGGUGCCGACGUUAGUGUUAGCGUAGGCAUGGACAACAACGAGGACACAUUACUGCAUUCCAGGCAAUACCGUACUCUGAAAGAAAAAAUAGUUAAUUUCAGCUGUGAAAAUGUUAUUUUUGGAGGAGAUUUCAAUUGUGUCAUUAACCCAAUUUUAGACAAAUAUGGUGGUCGCCAGGCAGAAAUCUCAAAGGACUCUUUCAAUAAACUGUUGUCAGUUUUUUCAAAAUUUUACAACAAUAACUCCAAAUAUAUCAACAUGUUGAAAGUUCUGUACAGCGACCAUAUAAUAAGUAGGUCGGAGUUAAGUGAAGCUGAUAGCGCAUUAGAUUUGCUUAAUUUAUUGAAGAUAUAUGGAAGUCUGAGUCGAAAAAAUAUCACAAUACUGUAUGACACCAUAAAGGUAACUAAGCAUUUUGGUUUGAAAGAGGAAAUACAAGAACAAGUACCAAAAUGCCGAUGCCCAGAUUUAAAAGAGAUUGUAAUUACAGAAUUCACUGCUCAUCGACAAAAACUGAUAAAGCUGGGACACGAACUCUCACCGGUAGAUAGAAAAAGUAUCUGUGGAUUGUAUAAUAUUUCAGGAGAAUACAAAGACAACUGGAGUUUGAUUAUGGUUCUUGAGAACAAACUACAUAUUUGUGAUAAGGAUGAAAAGAUGAAGACAUUCACUACAGAUAUGAAAACACUUGAAAUCCCGCGAGCUGUGAACUGCCUAACAGAAGAUAUUCCAAAUGCACCUUCUAGCCCUGCAGGCAGACAUGAUGAAACUAUAUGCAUGAGAAUGGAUCGCAAGCGCAAGAGUCAGAAUGAUGAAUCUGAAGAUGAGCCAUUUCAAGAUCCUCUAGUGUCAGUUGAAAAUAUUGUAGACAACAAAGGGAAACUAACAGCAGAAUGUACUUUUGAAUGUGUUGUUACAUUUGCACCUAUUCCAAAGCAUUUUAAGAAAAUGUCGGUGACUGUCAAAGGAAUAGGCUCCGGAUCUUUGAUAUUUUAUCUCUCUGUGUCGGAUCACAAUGCAUUGGAAAAUCUAUACAACAUUAGUUUGAGGAAAGAGCUCCUCCAAGAUUUAGCAAAGCUGUUACUACCAGCUGAACUUCAAGCUGAAUUUGUUGAUAGAUGGUCAACAGAUAUUGAAAAAGAAGAAUAUGAAGUGGCCCUCAGUAAGCUGAAAGCAAAAGGACAAUGUGAUCUGUAUCAUUUUUGUAUCAUCAGUGAUGAUCCAGAAUGGGAGACGACCCUGAUGGAGGAAUUGAAACAAAAAAGACCAGAUUUAAACUACACAUUCAUGAAAAAAUGGAGACUGGGCAAACCUGAAACUAUUAAUCGUACAAUAGGAAAAAGCAAGAACGUAAUUGUUGGAUUUUCACCAAAGUCAUUGACUGAUUAUUCUAAAUAUGCUGCACACAGUGUUGUUUUAGAAAUGCUGGAAGCAAAGACACUUGACAACGACAAGAUCAUUCCAUUCAAGAUAACAGAAGAUGGUGUGGUACCACCUGGGUUUGAAUCAUUUCUGUGUGAUGUGUGGGAAGAAUUCUUUGUUGACAAACUGUUACAAAAAAUUGACAAGUGUGAACCUCAGGUGGAAGUUAGUGAAGGAAACACAGAUGCAUCCAUUGACAACUUAACAGAGAUGGAUGUGAAAGACUCAAAGGAAGUUCAGAAUGACAUGUAUGACUUCUGUUUUAUAAGUGACAACUCAGAAUGGGAGAAUAAUCUGAUGGAAAAAUUGCAGGAAAGGAUACCAGAUAUCAAGUGCACCAGCAAGCAAGAUUUGAGUAAACUCAACAAAGACAAUUUAAUUACAAAGAUAGAGAAAAGCAAGAAAGUAAUUCUAGGAUUUUCAACACAAUCAGUGACUCUCCAUUCAAAUUCUGCUGCAAAUGUUGUUAAAGAAAUGCUGGAGGAAAAUACACUUCAUCAUGCUAAGUUGAUACCAGUGAAAAUAUCAUUUGAUGCUUUUGUACCUCCUGAUUUCAAAUUGUUUACUGUGGCCAAUGGAUGGGAAAAACAGUUUGUUGAAAAGUUGGAAGAAACCUAUGAUAAAUCUAUGAAAACCUACAGUGACAGUUCAUACAAUCCCGAAGAUCAGGAUAUGAAGAGGAGUGGCUCAGAAACAUCUCUAUCAAGCAAUACCUCUGGUUAUAGCACUGGAACUGACAUGACCUCAGAAUCAACAAAACCAGAAGAUAAAUCUAGCUCUGGUUGUAGCAGUGAAAGUGGCACAACUGCAGAAUCAACUGAUCCAAAACUAAAAUUUGAUGAAACAGAGAAUUUCAAGAUUAUUAAGUCACUGGUCAUCAAACUUGGAACCAAGAAAAUGACGGAAUUCUUCUUCAAAGCAUUCCUGAAGAAUGAGAGAGAAAAGGGAAGCUUUAAACAAAUGAAAGAUUUAAAACUAAGACAUAAGAUUUACUCACCAGAUGCUGAAUUCAUUACUUUUGACAUUUCAAUCAUUAUGACAUUGAUCCGAUAUUGCUGUGGAUUCACAUAUCUUGAUGAAGAUUGGGAACAACCAGAUCGAAUCCAGUUAUAUAAUCCAGUCAUUUCAAAUCUUAUUCGCAUUAUGCAGUAUAAAAACACAUUGGAUGAGAACAUAAAGCAAAGGUUAUCAACCAACAAAUUUGAAGAAGAGUGGAAUGGAAUCAAAGAAGUCUUAUUUAAUCUUGGUGUUCCUCUCACAGAUAUUGAUGCAGGCUUGAAUACAGUUUACUUUGAGGAAAUUCAAAACUUUCAAGCAGUUAUGUCGCUUGUUUUGGAACUUGGUACCGAAGCAUUGAGGAAUUAUGUUCUUCAAGUUAAUAAUAUACAAGAGAAAGACGUUGGACAGUUUUUGAUGGAUGAAAAGGAUAACUUGAUGAAAGCAAAACUUCUUCCAGAACAAAAGAAAAAAAUGUUUUCAAAAAAAGCAGACAUUAGAUCUUUUGAUAUUCCUAUCAUGAUGAAAAUCAUUCGCCACUGCAAUCAACUUCCAGACUCUUUUUGGUCAGAACCAGAUGAAGAUUACAUUGACAAACUUGCUAACUUAGUUCAUAUACAUCGGUAUGCAAAUACAAAGCUUGCACACAGAGCCAAUGCAAGGAUGUCAAAAAAAGAGUUUGAUAUGGACUGGAAAAAUCUGACAUUAAUAUUACAAAAUGUUGGAGUUUCUAUUGAAAAAAUAGAGAAAUACAAACCACUACAUCUACUUUAUAAAAAUAAUCUGACACCAUAAAUAUUACUUCGAUGUGAGUUUGCGUCAGGAAAAUGUCACAGGAGUGUCUUGACGUACCUGACAUGUUAGGUAGGUUAAAUGUCAGGGAGGCCAAAACAUCACUCCUAUGCACUGACCUCUACUAUAAUAGCUGGAUUGCUCAUUAAUAGUUUUAAUUUUUAGUCACUGGCGCCAUUUUCAAAUACUAAAGUUACAUAACAGUCUAGUCAAGUCAUUUGUUUAAAUUAGUGUUAAAAGAAACCAUUCUUGCAAUAAUGGUAAUGGUAAUGGUUGGCGACUUAUAUAGCGCAAAGUACAUGGUCUCUAUGUGCAAAACAAGGAAAAACAAGAAAAAACAAAGCUAUCCUAGGCUACACAGAAACUAAAAGUUAGAAGAGACACUAUUGCAGAAGAGCCAACACCAUUGCGAUCGUUUUCCUGCAAUUUGAGACCACUGGCAAUUAAGCAGCAGUUGGCAAGAUCACAACUCACAGAUGCUCUAAUGGUGUUGGGUAACUAAAUACGAAACACGUAACAAAAAUAUGAAAAAACAAAAUAAAAAAUUACAAGGUUUGAAAAAGGUGUGUUAGUUUAAAUACCGCAAGGGAGGUUGAUUCUCGAAUGGUACUGGGAAGUGCGUUCCAAAGUUUAGGAGCUGCAACCCGGAAACACCUCUCUCCGUAUUUAGUGCGGCUCCAAGAGGGUGAAAGUGUCGUAGAGCUUGACGUAAAUCUAAGUGUUCUACUGCAUUAUGUUGACCGGAGCUGAAUGAGUUCCUUAAGGUAAAAUGGCAAGGAAUUAUGAAGCGUUUUGUAAUACAUACUAAUAAAAAAAUUAAAUUUUAUGGAAUGUUUUUUUCACUACAGUACCGCUAAUGCGCUUGUUUGUGCAGUUUCAAAAAGUGCAAACGAAGUUGCAUUGUUGGUGAUUGACGUCACUAAAACAAUGUGACUUUGUUCACGCUUUUGUAAACUGCAUAAACAGGCGCUUAGAUGAUUUGAAAAAAAAAAAUCCUUAUGUUAAGUUUAAAUUUAUUAUUAAAAAGUAUUGCAAGAAUCGUUUAAUAAUAUUUUAAACAAAUGUCAAAAGAAACUUGUCUAAACUGGUACUUCACUUGGGCCCCCAACAUGGCGUCGGUGGCUUCACUUUUUUCUGCAUAAUGAUUGACCGAUGAGCAAUCCAACUCUUAUAGUAGAGAUCAGUGCUCCUAUGAUAUUAGACUGGGUUCCAGUCCCUAAUCUGUCUUAUCAGUUGAAAUGCUUAAGAAUAAAUCGAUUUUGGCACAAAUGGCGUUCCAUAUUACU